AUGACAAGCCAAAACCAAAAACUCACUUCAGAAAGACUUGUUACUGGUAUUCAAGAGAUAUUGAAAAGUAAUGGUCAAACUCUAGAUGACAUUAUUGACUAUAUAUUUGACAAAGAUCCAGAUUCUCUUUACAAGAGAAUUGAUUAUCAUGUAUCAAAAGGCCACACCAAUUAUACAAGACUAGCUCAUCAUUUUCAAACACUAGUAUCACCUGAGUUGCAAGACAAUUUAUCACCUGAAGGUGCUGUAUAUUUUACAGAUACCAGAUUGAUGUCAGAUCAUCUUUUCUGUGAACACUAUCAAUACCAUGCGUUGAAUUUUAUUGUCUGCACUAAAGAAAAACUGGAACAACAACGCAAUGAGAUGAAUGAACUAGUUCAACAAAUAUUUCAUAUGUCUCAUGAUAGUAAUUCUCUUCAUGUAGACGUUUCGUGUUUAUUACACGAGGUAGUUGAUCUCAUAGUGAAGAUUGAAGGGAAAAUUCCUGAAAAAUUAGAAAUCAAAAGUUUUUGGGACGGACGUUCCAAAAACGAAGUCAUUCAUGCCUUUGUAAUUCUCAACAGUAUUCUUUCUACUCAGUGCAGAUAUAAUGCAUUUAUUACAGAUAUGUAUAAAAGACAAGAAAUACAUAAGAAUGUUUCGAAAUAUUUUGACAUAACUUUCUCAACAUUGAAUGAUUUAGUUGAAAAUGGAUUUAUUUACAACUUUGAAGAAAACGGCGUAAAGAAAAUGGAGUCAAAUCAUCCCAACUCUGAAAAAAGUUAA